CGCGUUCUAUGUGUGAUGUCGCUUUAUUUUUUAAAGACAACCAGCAGCCAAUGAACGAACGCCUUGCUUUCCUCGGCAGCCAAUCGUCGCGCGUGUUAUUGUUUGGCGUCCCGCUCCUCCGUCGAAAUACAGCACGGCCGUUAUUACAACGCAGCCUGUUUCCUUUUCCACUCUCAGAAGAAUUGGCGCCUUCCUGCCUAGCUCUAUUCGCCUCGCAGUGAGCAUCCCCCGGGCGCCCCGUGUCUGUAUCUCCGCGCCAUGCCCGAGUUUCUGCAAGACCCGUCCGUCCUCACCAAAGAAAAGCUGAAAAGUGAGCUGGUGGCCAACAGCGUGUCUCUGCCGACCGGGGAGCAGCGCAAAGAGGUCUACGUGAAGCUCUAUCUGCAGCACCUGACCGCCCGCAACCGCGGCACCCCCGACUUCUCCAGCGACGAGGAGAGGGAGGCCACCCCGGUGCGGGGCAGAGGGCGCCCGCCUGGACGGAAGGCAACAAAGAAAACAGACAAGCCUAGUGUAGAAGAGAAACCUGACAAGCCUAGCAUAGAAGAGCUACCUGAACAAGAUGUAACAGAACUCACUAAUGAAGCUCUAAAAGAGGAACUGUUGAAAUAUGGAAUAACACACGGUCCUAUUCUGGCCAAUACUAGGAAGCUUUAUGAAAAAAAGGUGAUAAAGGCAAAGGAGCAAGUCACAUCCAUAACAUCUGUAGUAGAUACCUCAAACACGGACAGUAACAAGCAAAAUGGAAACUCUGAUCCAGAACAUUACAGUGACAAUGAAGAAUCUAAGAUCGACCUUACUUUUGAGACAAGAGAACCAAUAAGGGCCAAGUCAAAGGCUCAGAUCACUUCCCGGUCCAGAAGGUUGGAGCAAAAUGAGACAGAGGAAGAUACUGAAGAAGUGGUAUUAAAUGUUAAAAGAGAAACCAGGCUCCCUCCAGAGGAUUUUGUUACUGAGAUUGAGGAAUUCUCCACCAUUUUAUGUAGCAUUUCUGGAGAUGGAAAUCCUGAACCGGAGAAGACGGUGGAGCCUGAAAAGGUUGGACGUGUACAGGCUAUUUCUAGGGAGGAGUCAAGAGUAGUACGAAGAACACCAAGGAAAAGGGUGGUAGCUGCAGAACCAUUGCCAGAUGAUGAUGCAGAUGUCUCAGAGAGCCCUCCAAUAACAGAAACUAUAUUGCCUUCAAGCAACCAGGCUCCAGUUGAUAAUCAGGUGACUGAGACUUUCAAGCACACAAAUGCUUUGCGAUCAUUCAUUGAGUUAUCAGAGUUGUCAAGGAGGACUCCAAAGAAACAGCCAAUCAGUGAAAAAUAUUUGAAUGUGCUACAGCAAACGGAUGCAGAAUCCCUUGUUAAUAAGUUCAAUGGCAUUAAUAAUAUUGGUCGUGCAGAUUCCUGUGAUCUUCUAAACACAGCCCUGAUAGAGGUGAUGUUAAUACUUUUUAGCGUUUUUGUUUUCACCUCGGAACCUUGCCAUACAAAUAAACAUUUAUUAUUCAUUUUGAAGGAAGCUGGCGACUUUGGUCAACAACAUGAGACUCCAAAAAAGACAAAACAGUUGAAAAUAACAAAGUUUGUAACGCCCAAAAGACAGAUUGUAGAAAAGACAUUUACUGAAGAAAAAAGAGAAGACAGGAAUGUUCUGAAGGAGAUGUUCCCAUAUGAAACUUUAACUCCCACAGGAAUAAGCGCCACCUGCCGCAGGCCAAUAAAGGGAGCUGCUGGGCGACCUUUCAGCAUGAAAGAUUAUAAAAUUGAAGAAGGUUACACUUCCAAGUAUGUCUCAAAGUACCAACCACUACUUGAACAGAAAGUCACAAAACCGAAAACUGGACGAUCGAUCCCCAUGUGGAUAAAGAUCCUUAUCUUUAUUGUUUUGGCUGUGUUCUUGUUCUUGGUAUAUCAAGUUAUGGAAACAAAUGAAGGGAAUCCCUUUUCUCUUUUCCAACAGGUCAGUCAGAGUUCGAAUACAGUUGACAACUGAUUUUUUUCAGGGUUUUUUUUUUUUUUUUUUUUUUUUAAAUAGCAGUCCUAGGAUUACAGAAACUGCUGUUUUUUCAAACAACCUUCAAAUCAUGACUACAGUUCAAACUCUUCUGUACAUUAAUAAAGAUGGUACAUAUGGACAUAAGAAAUUCAUUAUUUACUGUGGACACCAACUGGAAAGAGGACUGUGCCAUAACAAAUAACAUUAUUUUAUUAGAUCUCUGGAGCAUUUUGUAGCAGUUAUUUUUAACAGUAAUGCUUUAGUUUAGUUUUGAUGGAAUACAUUUUUGAAUCUGGAUGCAGAAAUUGUAAUUUAAUGUGAAAUAUUUCCAUACAUGUACUGGGUGACUGAAUGUACAAUGCGAUCAUGUUAUUUGGACAGUUUUUUGUGACAUGGUAGACAUUUGUCUAAUGUAUUAUAAACUUAUAAAGGGGAAUAUUUUUGCUAACUUGUGUAGCAUAGCUUGUUUAAAGGUGCUUCUAGACUACCUGUAGUUGUAUCUGUAUCUUGGUACGCAGCAUCCAUCUCCAUCAUUUGUAAAUUAUCCCUGCAAAAAGGGGUGAUGUGUUACGUAAAAUGCUUUGUUACAGAUGUUCAACCAUAUUUUGUAGCCAACAUAUGAAAAGGUAACCUACAGCUUGCAAAUGUGGAUUACUGUUUGUCUCUGCAUCAACCAUUGGCUUCGAAAAUAUGUCUAAUCUCGCUUGCAUGUAAUGCUAUAAAGGGUCCUGUUUUGAUGAAGCUGAAAAUUUUUCCCAGAUCUCUGAAUGACCGUACUGAUGAGCAAUGCAUUACCUGGCUAACACAUCAGCGGAACCCUUUAUAGGGGUGGACAUACUUUCCCUGUAAGACAUUUUAUAUUAUAGAAAAAUUUAUCAGGAGAUGGGCCGCAGACCACUUUCAGUGCAGUGGUACGGUAGAUCUAAAAAAAAAAAAAAUAAUUGGAAAGUGGGUCACUCUGUUAUGAGGCAGCUGUACACUAAAACAAAAUAUUUUCAAAAACCUUUUACUUUUAAUGUACUUUUAGAAUUCAUACAAGUUAUUAAAUCAUGAUGUGAGCAAUA